UGGGUUAGUUUCCACCGUGCAAAGUUUACACAAAGUUUAGAGGCCUCAUUGGUCAAUUCCAUUCAACUUCUAUAAGUGAUUGGUUAACUCUGUUUAAACUCUGCACGGUGGAAACUAAGCCUAUGUCGAUGAAAGGUACUAAAGGGUAUACAGUGGUAUACAGUCGCAAUUAUAUUAUGCUUAGAACCCUGUGGCCGAAUAGUAAAAGUUAUCCAUAGCAACGGUCUAAGAGGCAAUAAAUAAAAAACAAAGAGGAAGAAGAAAUUUCAAGCCUUGGAUCGCUGGCACGUGAUCUCGUUAGAGGGAUACAUUCCUAUGAUAGGAAGAAGAAGAGAAAGAUAACCUUUUCACUUUACGAUGCCGUCUUCGUCACCUUCUUGCUGUUGUGUGCCUGGUUGCAAAACUGGCUAUGCCAGUGUUAAUAUAAAAAAUAGAAUGAAAGGAAAGAAGAAUUGCAGUAUAUUUAAACCUCGUACAGAAGAGAUGUUGCUAAAAUGGAGAGAGGCGAUUCCUCGUUCUCAUAAAGCGGUGUCCAAGUCCAAUGGUGUGUGUGAGCUUCAUUUUCAAGAAGAUGAAGUGGAAAAAUAUUAUGUGACUACGAUGCCAGAUGGGACAGUAUUUCGUAUGAGGAAAGGUAAAGCUACUUUGCGUGUAGGAUCAGUACCUUCUAUUUUUCCUUGUCAUCAAGAAACUGGAAUUAGUUCUGCAAAUGAAUGCCAAAGUAAAGGAAUUCAAGAAACAGUGACUGAUGAACAUAAACUUCGGAACAUGGAAAACAGUUCUCAAAUAACUCCACAACCAACAACCACUACAGAAUGCAAAUCUAAAAAUGAUGAUGCUACAUCUAGUCAGUCAAAAUUCAAAGAUGCAGGGACCAAUUCACAAGACUUUACGACAUGUGUUCCAUGUACAUCAUCUAAAUUAUGUGAACCAUCUGACCAGUGGGAACUAUGUGAAUCAUCUGAACAGUGUGAACCAUGUGAAUCAUCUGAACUAACUAUACCAUCCGAUGAAUGUGAACCAAGUGAAAUCGAUGAACUGUGUGGACAGUGUGAUCAAUCUUCACGAGAAUUUGAAGAAAUUAUAAAAUCAACAGGUGGUAGUUUUCAAUCACUCAAACAGAAAUUAAAUACAAUUGUUCUUCCACGUGGAUUGUGGUUCAUGCAUGUACUUGAAAACCGAGUCUUUUGGAUCUGUUUGCAAAACAAUUCUUCAGCCAUAGCAAAACGAGUAGUUUUAUUGCAAGACUUGAGCGUAGAAAUUUUCUUAGAAGAAAAAAGAAUAAUUUUGGCAGAUAUGGAACAUGUUGAAAAAAUAGAUGAAGUAUCAAAGUUACUCCAACGAGUAUCAGCAUUAAUACCCUGUAAAGGUGUACUGGGUGAACAAAAAUCACUACAAUGUAUUGGUUAUGUGUUGGCAAAAGAACAAAAUCGGACUGGUCCUCAAAUAACUAGAUGUACAGCAUGUCGAAAACAACGUAGAUCUUUGAUGAAAAGACCAAGAGGACCAGAUCAACUAAAAAUCCAACAAGAAAAGCGUAGAAAAAUACAAGGUACCGCAAAAAACGUUAUCAGAAGGAAUUUACGAUUGAAAAACAAAGUUUCAAAGUACAAGAAGAUUGAUUUAGAAAUUUACAACCGGAUUGUUUUAGCUAUUGAACAACAAUGUAAGCAGAAUUCGAAACAAAAAGAUUCAGCCUGUAUAAGUCCAUCUGACAAAGAUGUAGAUUCCAAGAGGGAGCAAAAAAAUCUCAAAACAAUAUUUAGCCAAAAGAGCAACAUACAUAUGUGAAGACAGCAGCUACUGUUAAUCAGUACACAAGAGUGACGACGAUGGAGAGGGGGAUCCAACUUAAUUUGUAACUAAUGAUAGUGCCUCUUGUAAAAGGUUAUACAUCCAUCUCGUUAAGUUUAAUAACGUUAAUUUUAUAUUAUUUCAUAAACAGCAUCGUCAAAAUACUAUUCUCGUAUUAGUUUUUAUAUUCUAUAUAUCGAAGCUACUUUCAAAAAUUAUUACUCGUAUUGUUCCGAGUGUCAUUCUGUUUCUCGCAUUGCGACAGUAAAAAAUCGCAUAUAUGCAAGAAUAAUUCGAAUAAAGUUACAGUUGGAUCGAAAA